UGUAAUUCAUUCCAGAAGAGGCAGUGAACUCAGUGCACUCGGAGCUGAAGUCAGGGUUGGCCCAGCUCCAGCUUGAGAAUAUUUAUGGACGGAUGCCACGGGUACAACCACAGCACUGGCUCCUCAAGCACAACUGAGAAGUUACUGUUGCUAAUAUAUGAAACAAUAUAUGCUAAUAGACGAUAUAUGAAAUAGUUUAAUCCAUAUAAUUCUGUUUUUUUUUUUUUUUUUAGCCAGAUGGGGCUUUGUGGCAAAAGUGUUUUUUUCUUAUUUUUCUUUUUUGUAAUGUACUUAAUGGAAGAUGGAUACAUUUCAUGUAUGAACAUAUUGAAGGGACACACUUUUCUUUCAGGCUAAAAAUUUACGUAAUUCUUACUUGUUUACUCUUCAGUGUGUUUGUUGUUCAAAAAAUCUUGGUUUUCCUGAAUAGUUUAUGGAUCAAACAUGACAACCCAUUCUUGGAAACUAAUCAAACCCUUGGCCUGCAUAAUCAAACACUGCACACAUUAUGCAAUGCAACUUAUUCUGCCAAGCAAGAAACUGUGCCUUUGUUUUGGUACGCAAGUAUCAAAUGCUGUAUGUAUUUUUUUUCAGAAAUGCAGUAUGGUAUAAUUGCAGCAUAUUUAUGAUCAAGUGCAAACCCACAGUUUUGGUGUCUAAAAUUCUGCAAGUUUGCAGCUAGGUAGUGCCUGAGAUUAUUUGCAGUUAAGGUAUUGACCUGUUGAAGCAGUUCAGGUGUAUUUUUAUCUGCAGCAACACCAGUGUGGAUUUCGAUUGAGCACGGGGCAGGUAGGAUUGAUUUACGAUGAAUUUUAUUGACUGCACCCUGAUUUGUGUACUGUUUAUAGCGUACCUCGUGGAACUGGUGCAUUUUGAAAACCCUUCUAUCUAAACAUUAGCAAGAAAUAAAGUUCCCAUAUUUUUUAUUGCGUCAAUGGAAAGUGAACCGUGAAUAUUGUAAUCUUGAUAAUAUUUGUGCUACAGCACCCUUAAAAAUAAAACAAAACGUGUAUUCACUUUUAUUGUGUAUGUUCCUCAGCCUGUUAUGCAUCCUUCCUGGUUUGUUUUAGGAGUGCACUGAGUAAAGUGUUCCAAGUAUCAAAAUACAAUAAAAGGAAAUGUCAGAUAAACUAAAAAUAAUUUACAUGGAUUAACUUUUGUAAGGUCCUCUUGCUUUGAAAAUAUUAUGCAGUUUAUGGCCCUUAAUGAUACAAAUGUGUAACAACAAAACUGGCUGAAUAACAGAUCACAAAGUAAAUGUGGAUAUUAUGUAUGAUGAAGUGUUGGUUAUUGUGAUUUGUUCUCUUUGCUUUUAGAUGCAUGUUUGUUAUUUUUAGGCUCAGCAGCCCUGGCUGGCUAGUCCUGUGACAGUGGAAGCAAGUGCCCAAAUUUCAUUUCAACACUAGAUAACAAAAUGUUUCCAAAAGGCAUAAAACGUAAAUUUUCUGAUGGCGAAGAAGUUCCUGAUGAGAAUCCAGCUGAUCUUAAAGUUAUGUCUUCAUAUAACCUUCAACGGCAGUCUCUGCUAGACAUGUCCCUGAUAAAGCUCCAGUUGUGUCACAUGCUGGUGGAACCUAACCUGUGCAGAUCUGUGCUCAUUGCAAACACAGUACGGCAGAUCCAAGAAGAGAUGACACAGGAUGGAAGCUGGACGAUCAUGGCUGAAGCGCUAAAUUCAAGUCAGAGCCCCUCAGAUCGCCUGGUUGCAACAGAAAUUCUUUGCAGACCAUCACCAAAGGACCAAGACGAGGAAAAGCCUUUUUCUGUCAUCAGCUAUGAAGGCUGUGACUCUGUCAGCUGUCAUUCAGAAGAAGUGGUUGAUGAUUCUUUGUGUGAGCCAUCCGCUGAAGCCCCAACGUAUCUGCCAAGCAGCAUCGGUACCUGGGAGAAAGAGGACCAGAAGGAGAACUCAGAAGAGGAGUCUGAAGAGGACCAGAAGCCAGAGGAACAAGUCUUUGGAACUUUUGAAAUUAAGAACCCCACUGCCACUCCAGACCCUGCCCUUGACGAGCUCUUUUCAGAUGUUGACACUUCAUAUUACGAUCUUGACACCAUGUUGACAGGAAUGCAGAGCAGUCCUAAAAUGGGGCCCUAUGACUUGUUGGACAGUUUAUCAUCUCACAGUCCAUCAUCCAUCAGUUCAAAUUCUGGCUGCAGGCCUGACCUCAAUGAACUUGAUCACAUUAUGGAGAUCAUUGUUGGGUCCUAAAACUGACCUAAAAAAUCAACUGUACAGAUAUGACUGGUAUGCAAAACUGCUAUCUCUUGACUGUCAUACACUAUGAUGAAGUGUAAGUUAUGUUUUUUAAGGGCUAAUAUUUUUGCAUGCCAACCAUUGGAACUUUAUUUACAUUCAUUUUGUAUGUCUUUAUGUGGGUUAUGCUUUUUUUUCACUUUAUUGUAACAUUUACUCUGAAAAAUGAUGUCUUUACACUACAUAAUUUUGAAUUGAACAAAUUGUGUACUAAAAGUUUGAAAGCUACACAUAUUUUUCCUAAAAAAAAUGAAAUAAAGUAUAUAUAUAUAUUUUUACAACACAUACAGCUUGGGAAAUGUUACAGUACUUUUAGAAUUUUUAUGUGAAAUAUGAUAAAAUUGUAACAGAUAUCUAUUUGAAAUGGUCUAUAUUAAGUCUUCCUUUUGACUUUAUCCCAAAAUGCAAUAUGUGCCUAUUGUGGAAAAUGGUGGAAGGCACCUUUUAUAUUAGUGCUUAGACAAUAUGUAUAGCCUACAUCUCAGUCAGAUUAUUUUGGCAAGAUUGCAUAAUUGCUAAUAUAUAUCCAACUUACUCCUGCUUUUGCAGUUAGAAACCAUAUGUUCUUACAUUUGUAUUGCUACAAAUGAAGAAGUGUGGGUCAAACCCAGUUUUAAGUUAUUAGUUAAUUUAUUUUUUUUUAAUUUAUUAAAUGCAUGUCAGUUUGAAGUUUUGAGUUUAAACUAACUCAGAAAUGAUAUCAACUUUAUGAAAUACUUAAUUGUCAGGGUAUACUUUGAAACUCUGUACUAUGUCUUGGGAUAUCAGGCUGUGGCAGUUUUUCUAGAAUGUAGAAAUCAGUGGUUACCACUUUAUAAACAGUAUUUAAGUAGAGGAAUAAUGGCCAACAAAGGUUCAAACUAAGGUAUUGUUGAUUCAUUCUAAAAGAAUGACUAGACUGUAGUUUGGUUAGUAGUGUUUCUUCUAACAUACAAGGGUCUUUUUUACUAAGAGAUUCAUAAGCAUAAUAUUCAUGGUCAUGGCUAAUUGAUUACUCAGGCAAGGUAAAUAAGUAUGAAAAAAGCCAGUAUUAUGAAAGCCUUGUCAAAAAUCUCCCUUCUGAUCGAUGUCAAUUAAUUCAAUGCAGUUUACCAUAACACCUAGGAUGUAAGUUGAGUACACGUGGACAUUAAUACAGUGAAACUAUAAUAGACUAUAUGCAGUUUUUUAUAUUUGUAAAAAAUACAUUGUAGCAGUUUUUUGUAAAUACUUUUUAAUAAAAAGGUACAAGCUAAUUUUUAUCCCUC